UGAACUGGCUGGGCUUUUAACCAUCAUUACUUCUACCUGUAAACAUAUGAAGGGGAAGGUAACUUCUAUAAGUCGUUGAUACAAUUCUUACUGCUCUUCAUAAAUUCCCUCAGAUCGGGGAUUACUUCUGCUUUGCAGAAAUUAUCUGCAGGGGGCCCUGCAUAAUUUGUAACAAUCUCUGGCAAAACCUCAGAAGAAAGAUAUGCUUUUGACUUAGCCGGAUGUCAGAGGCUGCGGCAGGACCCAGGGAAAAGGCUCCCCAGGUGGCAUGAGACUCUGGGAGUGACCAUCCCAACCGAGGGACGGCCUCUUGGAACUUCCUUCUCCUGAGGAGUGUGACACAGUUAAAAAGGAAAAAACAAAAAAGAGCCACAAGCAACACAGUUGCCAAUGAAAUAGGAGAGGGAUUGCUUUCAAAAGCACGUGGGGCUGUCACUGGACACUCUGAGCUCAUCCACGGGACAGGAGCGCAAGGCCAUGGAGUAGAACCUCAGCGUGGGUCUAAGAAGAGACAGAAAUGGCCCAAGAAGUCAGCCUGAAAUCCCUCCGGGAAUCAGAACGCGAGGUGAUCCUCCGGGUCCUGUACCGGGACCGGGAGGUUCAAAACAUCGAGGAGGAAAGGAUACGGAAACUGAAGACACACUUGCAGCAUCUCAGGUGGAAAGGCUCGAAGAGCGGGAGCCAGGAGUACCAGCAGAAGUCCUGUGCCCGCUGCCAGCAGGCCCUGGGGCUCCUGCUGAACCGGGGGGCCGUGUGCCGGGGCUGCAGCCACCGCGUGUGCGCCAAGUGCCGAGUGGUCCUGAGGGCGACCCGCGCCUGGAAGUGCACCAUUUGCUUCGAGGACAGAAACGUGAAAAUAAAAACUGGAGAAUGGUUCUUUGAGGAACGAGCCAAGAAAUUUCCAACUGAAGGCAAGCACGAGACAGCUGGAGCAAAGCUCUUGCAAUCUUAUCAGAAGCUGAGCAAAAUUUCCGUGGUUCCUCCUACUCCACCCCCUCUCAGUGAAAGCUGGUGCAGCGGCAGCCCUGGCAGGUUCCAGGAGCUUGGUCAGUUUAAAGGAUUUAAUAAGUCUGUGGAAAAUUUGUUUCUGUCUGUUACCACCCACAUGAAAAAACUCUCCAAGUCGCAGAAUGACAUGACCUCUGACAAGCAACGCCCAGCUGUGGGUCCCAGGCAGUGUGAGGGCCGGUCGGAGAGGAGGAGCCAGUCCGACACCGCGGUCAACGUCACCACCCGGAAGGUCAGCGCCCCAGAUAUUCUGAAACCUCUUAAUCAGGAGAGUCCCAAGUGCCCUCCUAGCCCUGUUUUUAUCUCAUCCAGUCCAGCGCCCAACACUUUAUUCUCAGGAGGCUUGAGACACGGAAGUUUAAUUAGCAUUAACAGCACUUGUACGGAGAUGGGCAAUUUUGACAACGCUAAUGUCACUGGAGAGAUAGAAUUUGCCAUUCGCUACUGCUUCAGAACUCAUUCUUUAGAAAUAUGCAUCAAGGCCUGUAAGAACCUUGCCUAUGGGGAGGAAAAGAAGAAAAAGUGCAAUCCGUAUGUAAAGACCUAUCUGCUGCCUGACAGAUCCUCCCAGGGAAAACGCAAGACUGGAGUCCAAAAGAACACGGUGGAGCCGACCUUUCAGGAGACCUUGAAGUACCAGGUGGAGCCUACCGAGCUGGCCACCCGGCAGCUGCGGGUGUCUGUGUGGCACCUGGGCACGCUCGCCCGGAGGGUGUUUCUUGGAGAAGUGGUCAUCCCUCUGGCCACGUGGGACUUCGAGGACCGCACGACCCAGUCUGCCCGCUGGUAUCCGCUCCAGGCCAAGGCAGAGAAAGACGAAGACAGCGUUCCCACGAAAAACGGAGAGCUUGUAGUCCGGGCCAAACUGGUCCUCCCUGCAGGGCCCAGAAAGCUCCAGGAGGCUCAAGAAGGGACGGGAGAUCAGCUGUCACAUAACGGUCAGCUCUGUUUGGUAGUGCUGGGAGCCAAGAAUUUACCUGUGCGCUCAGAUGGUACCUUAAACUCAUUUGUUAAGGGCUGUCUCACUCUGCCAGAUCAGCAGAGGUUGAGACUGAAGUCCCCCGUCCUGAAGAAGCAAGCCUGUCCCCAGUGGAAGCACUCCUUCGUUUUCAAAGGGGUCACCCCUUCUCAGCUGAGGCAGUCCACCCUAGAAUUAACCGUUUGGGACCAGGCCACCUUCGGUGUGAACGACCGCUUGCUGGGAGGCGCCAGGCUUGGUUCCAAGGAAGAGCCAGCGGGCGGCGCAGACUCGUGCUCACAAUCAAAGCUCCAGUGGCAGAAAGUGCUUUCCAGCCCCAACCUGUGGACAGACAUGACUCUCACCCUGCACUGACCGGAGGCUCCGGGCGCAGCGGGGUUUCAGGUGCCGGGGCCUGAUGGUCGGCUGCGGGGCUGGGCGUGCGGGCACGGGGUGGGUGGAGGGUGGGGAAGGGCCCUGGGGAGUGUGAGCUCUCCCCGUCUACAGCCGUCCUGCCGCUGAGACGUUCUUCCACGUUCCUCUGUGUGUAUUUAGAUGGAACCAUUAUCGAUGCUACGUUAGUUAAGUCUCAGGUUGGUUAUCUGUGCUUUGAGAGAUGUGGAAAACGACCUGAUUUCAAUAAAUGUUCAGCAGUUACCCCGGUCUCCCUGUGCUUAUCAAACAGCGAAAAUUAUGGCCUUGUUAUGUGCGUUUCAAAGGGAAAAGAAGAAUGUGGUGGGUAGUCAAUUCCUACCAUUCUGCUGUGGAAAACCGUUUCUGGAGGAGGUCAGCCGUCCCCACGGGGUGCCGAGGGGUGCCCGUUUCCGGUGGGUCAGCGCUAAGGUCACCCGCGGGCGGCCCAGCCCCACACCGCGCGGCUGCCAGGCUGCGCGGGCGCUGAGUCCGAGAAGGGCUGCUCCAGCAGCACCUGCCCGGAGACACCCGCCGCCGCAGCCUGCAGGCCUUGGGUUCAUCCUCACGGGACAUCUGAAAGGAAAAGGACCGAGCAGAGCAUGGAAAGGUAGGACGCGAGUGGACGCGAGUGAGCAGAAGCGGCGCCGAGUGCGUGCGGACACCUGCCGCCUCUUCAAGGACGUGGCCGGGAGAGGAAGGGGGUCGGAGCAGGUUCUGCUUGUGGAAGGACUGAGAUGCUGACCGGGUCAAGAGGGCCCUCACGGCUGGAGUCUGAAUUAGCAGAACAGCCUGCGAGUCCUUUUCCAAACAAGCAGCUCUGACAGGAAAGUCAAAUUGCGCAUAGUCAAUUACACGCACAAGGAACACUAAAAGUAAAAAGCCAUUUUCCCAGAUGAGAUUAUAGCAGUUAAUCAGCUUCAUUACUGCCCUCAGGUCACAUCAGAUUAAGUGCUAUGGUUACAUGGUUUUUAAUAUGUAAUUUUUAUUAUUCUGUAAAAGGUAACAAAAUAUACAGAAUGAAACUCCCUUUUUUAAACUAAUGUUACAAACCCACAUUAUCACUUACAUAUAAAUACUAUACUCUACAGCUGAUCAUUAUUUAGGUGUAUAAGUCCAACAAUGUAGCCCUCUAACUGUUAAGCAAAAAAAGAAAGAAA